AUGGAGGCCGAGCGGCCAACAGGUGAAGAGGAGGGGCUUGAUAAGAUGGGCACCAGAGGUGACGCAUGCGAGGUGAACGAGGAAGCGGGUGUUGAAGAAGCGGGCGAAGACGACGGAGGGAGUGGAGGCAAGAAGACAGGCUCGCUGGCUCCGUCUCUCCUCGCGCUUCACCCGUCAGGCUCGCCUGUCUUUGCCACCGCGGGUGCCGCUGUCCGAGGCUUCGAUGUUAGUUCGGGUUCGGCGGUUUCGUUCAAGAGCAGUGACGGUACGGAGCAGGCAGUGUCGCAUGGCGACGCCGUGCGAGCCAUCUGCGUGGACCCCACUGGCCGUGUCAUGGCGACGGCGGGCGACGAUAAGAUCGUCAAUCUCUGGGUCAGGGAGGAGCAGUCGCCGUCGAACAGCUGGAUCUGCUGCCAUAAGGAGAAGGUGUCGAAGCGAGUGAGCGCAAAGGGGUUCAGCAACGACGGUCGCUGGCUGCUAUUCGCCGACAAGUUCGGCGUCGUUCACGCUCUCGCCGUGCCGUCGCCGACCGACAUCGCUGCUCGGAGCGGACAAGGGGGCGAAGGCAAGCGAGCUGUGGAGACAGCGAAGCAGCUGCUGGGCCACUGCUGCAGCAUCAUCACCUGCCUCGCGGUGUCGCACGGCAAUCGCUUCAUCGCUACCGGCGAUCGGGACGGAAAGAUUCGUGUAGGUGUCGCCCGCCCUCUAUUCCUGACAGCACUAGCCUUUGUUGGCGAGCCUGCGCCGGCCAAGCACCGCGAGACUGAUGGCGCCGUUGCUGCCGCCGACGGGUCGCAGCAGCUGCUUCUUUCCGCCGCGGCUGACGGAACGGUGCGCCUGUGGGACCCUUCAGACGGCCGCUGCCUUCAGGUGCUGCGCAUGCCGCCUCCGCCAUCGUCUGCGCAGGCGGAAGGGCCUUCCCCCAUGGCGGUGGACUCCGCGGGCGCGCGCGGAGGACAAGCGGAAGCGGAGGCGGGAGGCACGGCGGAGACCGAGGGCGUAGUUAAUCCUGAAGAAGACGCAGGGGGGAGCAGGGGUGGGAAGGCAGGAUCAACAGCGGAUGGUUCGUCGCUGGUGGCAGUGGCGGUCGAUCCGAGUGGCUGCUUGAUUGCUGGAGCUGUUGCCGGCUCGCCACGCGUGUGUUUGCUCCGCUUCGACCCUGCGGCUCGCACACUGCAAAUUGUUCAGUGCGUCACGCUCAACGAUGGAGUGCCAGCCACCAGUCUUUCCUUUGCUCCGGAUGGCAAGAUUUGGACUGUAGCAGGAGCUGCAGAAUCGCUUCCCAGCGAGGACAGUGUCAUGACUCCAGAAGCAGAGGCAGCAGCUGCUGCCACUGCUGCCCGGAUAGCCCUCGCUGCUGUUGCUCCAUCGGGGGGAGAAGCUGAAGGGGAUUCAGUGGGGAUGAAGUAUCAAGUGCUGGCUGAUGGUGAAGUGCCAGGUGGUAAAGAUCUCUUGGCUGCUCUUCAGGGUUCUGUGUCUGAGGAUGUGGCAGCAGUGGCCAGGGAGGCAGCCAAGGGGGCAGUGGAUGGGCUGUGGGGAGCAAUGAAGAAGAAAGACUUAGGGGAGUUUUCGUUAGGAGGGAGUCGAAGCGGCAUGGGGUGCUGCCUGAGUAUAGAGGAGCAAUCGGUAAAGAUCACCAAGAACAGCACCAGCAAGAGCAGCAAGAGCAGCCAGCCAUGGAUGUCAGAAUCCACGGACGGGAGCGGCGGAGAGCAGUCCAUCCUAGCCUCCAAUCUGCGUCGUUUCACAUACAAAGAGCUCCAGGCCGCCACCAACCGCUUCCGCGAUGAGAGCGUGCUGGGCGCGGGCAGCUUCGGCAAGGUGUACCGCGGAGCCAUGGAGGAGUGGCUGGGCGAGCUGCCCAAAGGGGAGAAGCGGCCGCUCGCCAUCAAGAUGCUGGAUGAAGAGAGCUUCCAGGGCUUCGGCGAGUGGAUGGCGGAGGUGCUACUGCUAGGUCGGCUGCAGCACCCGAAUCUGGUGCGGCUGCUGGGGUACAGCACGGACAGGGACGAGGCAGUGCUGGUGUAUGAACUGCUCGAGAACGGCAGCCUUGACUCCUGGCUCUUCCCAGACGACCACACGGGCGAGUACAAGCACCGACCGCUCACAUGGGAGGAGCGGGUGAGGAUAGCGCUGGAUGCAACACAGGGCCUGGCGUAUCUGCACUCGGAGAACGUCAUUCACCGCGACUUCAAGUCCUGCAACGUGCUGCUCGAUAAGGACAUGCGGGCGAAGCUGACGGAUUUUGGCAUGGCAACGAUGGGACCGGAGUCAGGGCAGACACACAUCUCCACGCGCGUCAUGGGCACCAUGGGGUACCUCGACCCCAAGUACCUUGAGACGGGCCAUCUCACCCCAAAGAGUGACAUCUACGCUCUCGGAGUCGUCUACUUCGAACUCCUCACCGGCCGGCCUCCUUCGUCUGGAGGUGAAACCGACGACUGCAAGCUGACGACGUGGGUGCGCGCACACGUGGCGCAGCGACGACCGAAUCUCGACGCAGUCAUGGACGAGCGGCUAGAGGACAAAUACUCCCGCGUGGGCGCGCAGAAACUGCUCGUUCUCGCCAAGCACUGUAUCAACGAGGAUCCAGCCGGGCGGCCGCAGAUGGAGAAUCUGAUCAAGACGCUGCAGCAGCUGAUGACGCUGCCGGUUGGGGACGAGGGGAAUGGGGCGGCGGGGGGGAGAGGAGGGGGAGGGGCGGGGGGAGAGCUAGGCGCACCCAUCCCUCCAAGGACCCCCACUGGAUAG